GCCUCUAACUGUGGUAUCAUAGAGAGUAUUUUGAAUUGGGUCAAAUUUAAGGCACAAACUCAGCUGAACAAAAAAUGUUCAUCAGUGAAACACAGUAAAAUCAAGGGCAUUCCGAAACUGGAUGACGCUAAUGAUGCUGGUGGCAAACAUUCCUUGGACUGCACGCUAAUAUUAACAGAAGGAGACUCAGCCAAAUCUUUAGCUGUCUCUGGCUUAGGUGUUAUUGGCAGAGACAGAUAUGGAGUAUUCCCACUCAGGGGCAAAAUUCUCAAUGUUCGAGAAGCUUCUCACAAACAGAUUAUGGAAAAUGCAGAAAUCAACAACAUCAUCAAAAUAGUUGGACUACAAUACAAGAAAAGCUAUGAAGAUCCAGAAUCUCUGAAAAGUCUGAGAUAUGGGAAAAUUAUGAUCAUGACAGAUCAGGAUCAGGAUGGGUCUCACAUAAAGGGCUUGUUGAUCAAUUUUAUUCAUCACAAUUGGCCAUCACUGUUGAAACAUGGUUUUCUUGAGGAAUUCAUCACCCCUAUUGUGAAGGCAAGCAAAAAUAAGCAAGAACUUUCAUUCUACAGUAUUCCUGAAUUUGAUGAGUGGAAAAAGCACAUGGAAAAUCAUAAAGCAUGGAAGAUAAAAUACUACAAAGGGUUGGGUACCAGCACUGCUAAAGAAGCAAAAGAAUAUUUUGCUGACAUGGAAAGACAUCGAAUCUUAUUUCGAUAUGCUGGUCCUGAAGAUGAUGCUGCCAUUACUCUGGCCUUCAGUAAGAAGAAGAUUGAUGACCGAAAAGAAUGGUUAACAAAUUUCAUGGAAGACAGGCGCCAGCGUCGGCUACAUGGCCUUCCCGAGCAAUUUUUAUAUGGUACAGCAACAAAACAUUUGACUUACAAUGAUUUCAUUAACAAGGAGUUGAUCCUUUUCUCAAAUUCAGACAACGAGAGAUCUAUCCCUUCCCUUGUUGAUG